UAGGAUUUAAUAUGUUUAGCAUGUUAUUAGGUUCAUCUUCAAGCCUAAAUUAUCUGAGGAUCAUGUUCACCAGCUGCUUUGAAUUCAGAUAUAUUCGUCCCAUAAAUGCCAAUGGCGCUUCGACGAAGGCAAGAGAGUUCAAACAAAGGGAGUUGGCUUUGUGCGAUCAAUGUCCAUAUGAUAUCCAGGGUGUAGUCUUCCAUCAUCCCCAAAUUUGCCAGGAUAGACUCAGUGUAAGUUAGCCUUUCUGUUCCAGUCAAAAAUGUGUGACAUCUUUCAGGCAGUGGAGGACAAAAAUGAACAGUGAUGUUUUCUUUCAAUCCAAAGUGUUGUUGCUUUAAUGAUGCCAAUGAUGUAACUCCUGAUGACGAGGUUGGCUUUUGACAUAGAACGCCACCAUGAUGUAAUUGUAACAUCUCACCCUGUGUUAAUAUUCCCCGCUGAGAUAUUUCACGAGUAAAAGCCCAACGGGUGUUCCGAGAUGGCAAAACAAUCAAGAUGAGUUACGAUGGUAAAUAUUCAUACAGGUCUGUCAAUGACGAACUAAGUCGAACAAGGAAACUUAGCGAUGCGGUCAUCAGGGUUGACAAUGCUGAAUUUCACAUCCACAAAAUUAUUCUUUGCAAGUGCAGCCACUACUUCAGAGCCCUCUUUCUACGAUGGUCAACUUCAGACCAGAGGGUCUACGUCAUACAUGGUCUGACGGCUCAGUUAAUGCAACUAUUUGUUGAAUUUGCAUAUGCCGGCUCCGUGUUGGUGACAAAGGACAAUGUCAAAGAUUUGUUGCUGGCUGCAGACCGGUUCAACAUAAUUGGCAUCGUCCAAACCUGCUGCGCAUUUCUAACGGAACAGCUCUGUCCAGAAAACUGCAUUGGUAUCUGGCAGUUCACGCGGAACUGCUACACACCGGAUCUACAGCGAAAUGCCUUCCAGUAUAUCCUCUACCACUUUGACGAUGUUGCGAGUUCAAAUGAGUUGCAGCAACUCUCCGUACAGGACUUAUGCGAUAUCCUGGACCGGGAUGACCUUAUGGUAAAAACGGAAAAUACUGUGUACGAGGCCAUUUUGCACUGGAUUGCACAUGCACCUUGGGAGCGAGGCGACAACAUGGCGGUGCUGCUGGCCAAAGUCCGUCUCGCACUGACAAGCGUAGAGUUCAUCGCAAUCAAGGUGCUGACCAAUCAUCUGAUCCAGAACAGCAGGAAGUGCCUGGACAUAGUUGCCUUGGCUACCCGCGUCAUGUGCCACAUGAACACAAACUCUGUGUGCGGCUAUCGCAACCUGGUGGCUCGUCCUCGCCUGCCUUCCGCCAUCCUGCUUGCCAUUGGCGGCUUCAGUGGCCCCAACCCGACGCACCUCAUCGAGGCGUAUGAUGUGCAUGCCAACACCUGGGCUGACUUGGUCGACAACAUGGAGCAUCCACAUGCUUACUUUGGCACUGCAUUCCUGGGCAACUCUGUCUACUGCGUGGGCGGAUUUGACGGCCGGAGGCAUUACAAUACUGUUCGGCGCUUUGAUGUGUACACUCGCACCUGGCACCAGGUAGCGCCCAUGCAUUUUCGCCGGUGCUCCGUGAGCGUCACGGUGCUAAAUGGGUGCGUAUAUGCCAUUGGGGGCGUGGACGGUCGCAUAAGACUAAAAAACGCAGAGUACUACAUGCCCGAGACAAACCAGUGGACUCUUAUCGCCAGUAUGCAUGAGCACAGGAGCGACGCUAGCUGCACCACCCUCAACAACAAGGUUUACGUAUGCGGUGGUUUUAACGGAAAUGAGCCUUUGCGAACGGCGGAGUAUUACAACCCAGAGACCAACCAGUGGACCAUGAUCGUCCCAAUGAACUGCUGUCGCAGUGGCACUGGAGUCAUUGCGUAUGCCAACCACAUUUAUGCAAUCGGUGGUUUUGACGGCGAUAUGCGCCUGUGUAGCGUAGAGGCCUACGACCCCAACACGGACGCUUGGAUGCUCUUACCUUCCAUGCAGUGUCCACGCAGCAACUUUGGGAUCCAGGUACUCGAAGAUCGCCUCUUCGUGGCUGGGGGCAAUACGGGUGUGUCGGCCACCAACAUGGUGGAGUACUAUGAUGCCCACGCAGCCACGUGGUUCCCUGCCUGUGACAUGGCCGUCUCUCGGAGCGCACUUAGUUGCUGUGUUGUGUCUGGUUUGGCGAACGUCGGCCAUUUUGUCACACUGCGAAGUGAACUGCCAUGGCUUCAAUUGGAGGAAGUGGCCCUGGAAAUGGAAGAUGACUUUUGAACAAUGACAUGGAAAGGAACGAAAUAAAAAAGUCCACCAGAGGAAAUGACAAGCAUAAUUAUGAUGUAUGCUAAGUUAGCUAGCGUUUACGUGAGUAACUCUUCUGCUUCGCUCAUGUUUAUAUUCAACAAAAAGCUCUUCCACAGUGUAACAAUUUAUCUCUAUAAGGGCCAGAGUAAACAAAAAAGUUGAUAGCAUUGAUUGCUAUUUUAUUUUAGCUUUGCGGUUAGCAACUAUUCUGCCUCUGCUGAACCAAUAUUGUUUCCGGUUUCCUGCCUCAACACUCCUAGAGCUUACCCGUUUCUCAUUAUACCAGGACAAAAGAAGCACUUACUUAACAAUAUUGUCUUUUGGCGGCUCUUCCACAUCCUUGGGGAAAAAGCUCCUAAGUGUUUGCAUGCUUACAGCUAAACACGAUCACCGUGUAUGCUAACUUAUCCCGCAAGCAAGUCUUCUGCAUCCCACAUUGUGUAUUUUCCUCUUUGAUAGUGUUUAAAUGCUCUUGAACGGUUAACCCGGGACAUGUGGUCACCCCACGUUUUGCGUAAUUUUUUACAUCCUCCUGAUUACUCUUCGACAUACUUGGCAUGCCAAUCUGCGAGAAACACUUCAGCCGUCAAUAGGGAUCAAAUUUCCAGCUCAUUUUUCCACUAAGUGUUUCAUACGCUAUCUUCUCACAAGAUGGCGGCACCCUCCCAGUUACACCCGGAGAAUU